AUGGGCGCGGCCGCAAGCGUCGAGUCGGGCGACUCGUACAGCAAGGAGCAAUGCCAGGCCAUUUGCGGUGAUCUGUUCGACGAUGCGAUGUGGACCAUGCACGCGUCCAAGGAGUCGCAGACUAUUUCUGGUGCCAAGCUCCACGAAGUGCUCUCGUCGAUCACGGACGUCUUCCUCACGCAUGACUGGGGCGUCGACGGCGCCAACCACCGCCACGUGAGCGUCAUCAACCAGCUCCUUAUCGAGCGGGGCAUCACAACGUGGUUUGACGAAGAGAAAAUGGAGGGCAACAUCAAGAUGAAGAUGAUCACGGGCAUUGAAAACUCGCGUUGCAUUGUCGUCUUUGUCACACAGCGCUACAUGGACAAGGUGGGCGGACCGAAUGGCGAGGACAACUGCCAACUCGAGUUCAACUACGCGGCGCGGCGCAAAACGAACGCCAAGAUGAUCUCGGUGGUCAUGGACCCAAAGGCCAAGGACACGCGCGCCUGGGUCGGGCCCGUGGGCAUGACCCUCGGCGGCGACCUUUACCUUGAUUUCUCGACCGUCUUUGACUCGCAUCCCGAGCUCCUCCCGGCCAAAAUCGACGAACUCAUGGCCAAGCUCAUGACGAUCAUUGGCAAGCCACUCAAGCAGUGCUUUGCGAGUGGCGGCGUCGCGAUCCCGAACGCGACCGUGCCGCUCGAGUCGCUUUCGACCGACCAAGUCACGACGCUUCUCACCGCCCUCGAGUACGCCACGUACUGCGACGUGUUUCGGCAAAACGAAAUCAACGGCGCCGCCCUCAUGGGCAUCACAUGCGCCGACGAGGUCAAGGAGAUUGGCGUCACACUCGCGAUCAAAGCCCGAGCACUCUAUGACAAGAUCCACGCGUUUCAAGUGCAUGGCGUGCCCAAGCAGCUCCUCCGGGAAAAAGCCGCGCAAAAGCCAGCGCACACACCGCCCGCGACGACGACCCAUGCGCCCCCGACGCCGCCGCACGCCGCCUCGAGCGUCCCUGCCGGGCCAUGCCGCAUCGUGUCGGUCAAAAGCCCGGAUCGGUGCCUGCAGCUCGAGAGCGGCAAUGCCGACGUCUACAACGGCGAUCGGUGCCAGCUCUGGGAGAUCGCCGCCGGCGUGCGGGGCCAGGAAUGGAUCUACGACAACAAGCUCAUUCGCCUCGCAAGCAAUCCCGCCAAGUGCAUCCACCUGCAGAGCGGGACUGGGCCAACAGGCGAUGGCGACGUGUGCCACCUCUGGGACGUGCAGCCGGGCAAAUACCCUGCGCAAGAGUGGCUCAUCGAGGGCCAUUUGAUCAAGUCGGCCAAAGACCCAGCGCGCUGUAUUCAUCUGCAGUGCGGGAUGCACCCUGCGUUUAGCGGUGACGCGUGCCACCUCUGGCACAUUCAAUACCCGUCCUACUCGGCCCAAGAAUGGACCUUUGUGUCGCUUACGGCGAAGCAGCGGGUCCGGCUGCAGUCGGUCAAGUGCCCCAACAUGUGCAUGCAAAUCUUCUCGGGCGAGAACGGCGACCGCUGCUACCUCCGCACGACGCACAGCGGCCCGUACCCGGCGCAAGAAUGGAUCUACGACGGUCGGUACAUCUUUUCCGUGCUGUCGCCGAGUCGGUGCAUUCACUUGAUGAGUGGCGACGGCCCAACCUCCAAUGGCGACGUGUGCCAGCUCUGGGAUUUCCAGGACCGUCCAUCGUACCCUGCGCAGGAGUGGAUCCUGGAUGGCAAGUUGCUCAAGUCGGCCAAGGACAAGUACCGCUGCAUCCACUUGCAGAGUGGCACGUCGCGCACCCCUGAAGGCGAUUUAUGCCACUUGUGGGAAGUCCAGAAUUGCCACUACCCCGGCCAAGAAUGGGAACUCGUGCCCGUCGAGUAG